GUGAAUUCCAAAUUCUUCAGACUUGCCACAGUUGUCGCUGUGUGCGCUGUGUUCAUUUUCAUUACAGAUUACUGAGUGGUAGAGUUUGUGUUUGUGACCAUAGUUUGUGACUACGUAUUUAAGAGAAAAAAAACUUUUUUGAGUGGCUUACAAACAAUACUUGUGCUACGAUGGCUUCCACAUUGGAAUCACAAAGACUUACCGAAGAAGAACAACUAGAAAUAAGAGAACGGCUAACUCAGAUUGACAAAAAUGGCGAUGGGCAUAUCGACUUAAAAGAACUUAGAGAAGCGCUAGAAUUAUGCGGCUUAAAAAUAGCCGGCUACCAAUCCCGCCUGAUCGAGGAAGAGUUCAAGAAUUCGAAAAAAACUAAGAUAAACGGCAAAUUGACGUAUGAUGAAUUCGAAAAAUUGGUCUGCGACCUCAAGGCGAACGAUGUGGCCAACACAUUCAGAACUGCAGUGUCAAAAAGGGAAAAUCUGCAGCAUUUAGGCGGUACUUCCCACGCAUCCAACGAUGGCACGACGCACUCUGUCAGGCUGGAAGAGCAGCUGGCCUUUUCCGAUUGGAUCAAUUCCAAUUUACAACACGAUCCAGACUUAAGAAGACUAUUGCCUAUAGAUCCGGAGGGCAAACAGCUGUACGAAAAAGUCCAGGAUGGCAUUUUGUUAUGCAAAAUAAUAAACCAUUCAUGUCCAGACACAAUAGACGAAAGAGUAAUUAACAAAGGAAAACUGACCCUAUAUACGAAAUUAGAAAACUUGACGCUGGCUCUGAACUCUGCCUCUGGCAUAGGCUGCAACGUCAUUAACAUAGACGCACACAGUUUGGAGAAGGGCACUCCUCACCUAGUACUUGGCCUACUCUGGCAAAUCAUCCGUAUAGGACUGUUCAAUCAAAUCACCCUAGAACACUGUCCAGGCCUUACCACCCUCCUGGGAGAAGACGAAAAAAUCGACGACCUCAUGAAACUUUCACCUGAAGCUAUUCUACUGAGAUGGGUGAACUACCACCUGGAAAAAGCGGGUACUCACAGGAGAGUGACCAAUUUCCAGAGUGACAUUACCGAUUCCGAAGUGUACACGUACUUGCUGAAGCAGAUCGCUCCAACUGAGGCUGAAGUCAAUAUGGACGCGUUGACGGAGAGGGAUCUCCAUUCGAGGGCUGAAAUAAUGCUUCAGCAAGCUGCCAAGUUGAAGUGUCGCUCCUUUGUCACGCCGCAAGAUGUCGUUAAUGGAGUCUAUAAGUUGAAUUUGGCUUUUGUUGCUAAUUUGUUCAACAACCAUCCCGGAUUGCAUCAAACCAAUGGGGCUAUUGAUGGCUAUGAGACCAUAGAAGAAACAAGGGAGGAAAGAACUUACAGAAACUGGAUUAAUUCAAUGGGCGUGACGCCUCACGUGAACUGGCUGUACUCAGACCUAGCCGAUGGCUUGAUAGUCUUCCAGCUUUAUGACAUCAUCAAGCCUGGAGUAGUGAGCUGGAACAGGGUCCAUCGCAAGUUCACCAACGAGCGCAAGAAGUUCAUGGAGAAACUGGAGAACUGCAAUUACGCCGUGGAGCUUGGCAGGCAGAUCAAAUUCUCCUUGGUUGGAAUUGGCGGCCAGGAUAUUAACGAAGGAAAUGUCACGUUGACUCUAGCUCUAAUCUGGCAACUGAUGAGGGCGUAUACCCUGUCAAUUCUGUCACAACUGCACGAAUCAGGAAGCCCUAUUGUCGAGAAAGAAAUUGUCAAUUGGGUCAAUGCUAAACUGACGUCCGCAGGAAAGAAGUCUUCCAUUAGAAGUUUCCAAGACCCCACUAUUGCGGAUGGUAAGGUAGUUAUUGACCUCAUUGAUGCUAUCAGGCCCGGGGCUAUUAACUAUGACCUAGUCAAAACAGGAGGCACUGAAGAGGAUAAUUUGGCUAAUGCAAAAUACGCCAUAUCAAUGUCACGCAAGGCUGGAGCUAGGGUCUACGCUUUGCCUGAGGAUAUUACAGAAGUCAAACCCAAAAUGAUAAUGACAGUCUUCGCCUGUCUGAUGGCAUUGGACUACAUACCCAACAUGGACAGCGCCAACAGGCAAUAAACAAUAUCAUUUCCUUUUUGUAUUUAAUAUUUUUUUUAUAUAUAUAUUGUACUAAAUAGAGUUUUAUAUUAUGACAUUCCAAAAAAAUGUUUAUGUUACUGCUAGUCCGCGAAAGUAUUAGAUACAAAAUUUGAUGACAUUCCUUUUUUGGGUAACGGUGCAAUAAAAAAAUUUUAAAUCAUUUUGGCUGGUUCAAAACACUUUGACAACGGAGUACAAAUAGCGCCUUUUUGUAUUAUCGGAAAUCCAUCUUAAUUUUUUUUUUCAUUCUUAACUUAUUUUGAUUUUAAUUUUAAUUUUUUAUGGUUAUAAUUUAUUGGCUCUACAAUACCGAUCUAAGUGCCAUCUACAUCGUAAGUGUGUAAAAUAGUAUUAAUUAAUAUUUAUACUUUGUAUAAAUUUAUAACUUUUUCAUGUACAUCAUCUUGCUUUAUGGAAAUAAAAAAGUGAUUUUU